AUGAAACCGAUGAACGUCCUCCAAAAGCAGCGACUCGCUGCUCUCCCCUUCCAAUGCUCAAUUCGCUGCACCCGCUUCCUGUCGACCUCCCCAACCGCCCAAGAUGCCCGUCACCCUGAUCCGAAGACACCGCGGAAACCCCACGACAUUGACCCCCGAUGGCUGACCACGACCAAGCGACGGAUUGGGAAAUGCAUGAUGUUUGGAUUGAAGCCGCCGCAGGUCCAGGAGGCAGGGGAUAUACUACAGCAGAUUGCGAGGGAUUGGCGGGAGUUGAUUGCCGGUAGCCAUGUAAACAACGUCACCUACGUCCGAUACGCCGAAACAGCACGGGUAUACUUCACCCGCAACUACGCCAUGCACAUAGACCCCGCCCACAAGAAAGAAUGGAUGAAUCUCGUCAGCUCGCGCGGAAUCGGCGUCAUCCUGCGCAGUAUCAAAAUCGACUAUAAAUUCCCCAUGACUUACCCCGACAAGGUCACGGUGUACCAUAAACUGGCGCAUGACCCGGACUCGCCUCAUUCAUCGCAGCAUGCGUUCUUCCUGCAAGCCAUCAUUCUUUCCGAAUCUCGUCAGCGACCCGCGGCUCGCGUGCAUGAGGACCUAGUCACGUAUGAUUACAAGCUGGGGAGGAAGACGGCGUUGCCGCCGUUUUUGAUGGAGCAGUUUAAGUCCACGUGGGAGCUUCAAGAACAGGCGAAGAAGGCCUGGCGGGAGCGGAUAUUGGAAAUCGAAGAUCGGGUGCGGACGCUGGAGGUAGAGAGUUGGGAUAGGGAGGAUGCUGUUGAGGAUACUGGGUCAGGGGGGCAAUAG